AUGGCGAAGAAGAGAAAGGCAGGCGGAACUGCGCUGGCUCAUAGGAGCAAAAAUCCAAUACAAGAAGAAAAUUCGAAGUUUGCGGCAGAUGCGAGAUUUGAGAACUCGGAGGAUGAAUUUGAAGCUGGACGAGAUCGUGUUUUGCUUGAAGAGCGCCCGGAACCCUCGGACGAAGAGGUCCACGGAUACCUGUCCGAAUCCGAAGAGGAAGAUGAUUAUGAUUAUGGAGACGAAGAGGAGGAAUUUGAGGACGAAGACGCAACUGCAAAAUCAAAAAAGAAGCUUCCUAAAUUACGUCGCAGAGAAGAACGAAGCCCCGAUUUCCUUGAUGAAGGCAAGAAUGCGGAAGAAGACGAAGAAGAAGGAAUCACGGCAUGGGGAGCCUCGAAAUCGGACUACUACAAUGCUGAUACCAUUGAGACCGAGGGAGAUGCACUAGAAGAAGAAGAGGAAGCUAAGAAGAUUCAGCUAAAGAAAUUACAGGCUAUGACGGAUGCUGAUUUCGGAUUUGAGGAGUCGGAGUGGCUUGACAGCACAAAGGGAGACGGGGAGAUGUCAAAAGAUGCCAUCAAGCACGGCAAGGUCAUCAACGAGGUACUGCCUGAAAUACAGAUACCCGAUGACAUGGGUGUGGAUGAAAGACUAGAGAUCUUAUCAAAACGGUAUCCAGAAUUCCUACCUUUAUCGAAGGAUUAUGCAGAUCUCCAGCCACGGUACCAAGAGUUAUCUACUGCAGUGGAUGAAGCUCGAAAGUCCCGCAAAGAUAUUUCGGAGGAUAAGACACCACUCUCAAUUCUUCAAUUCCGUGCUUUAUCCGCAUACCUUGGCGUUAUCAGCAUGUACUUUGUGCUCUUGACCUCCCCCGCCCGAAACAAUACCGGAAGCUGUCUAGCCUUACCGCCGGCGGAGCUAAGGGAGCACCCGGUCAUGGAAGCACUGGUUGCCUGUCGAAAUCAGUGGGAUCAGGUGAAAGACCUACAAGAGAUGGAACCAGAACCAUUGGUAUCCGAUCUUAAGGAUGUACAGGAAGACGAAAGUGCUAUCUCAGUAUCAACGGAGAAGUCUACGCAAGACGAACCAUCCAAGGUUACCCAGGCCAUAAAAAUACCUAAAAAAUCAAAGGCGCAGAAAUUGGCAGAACAAGCACAAGCAAUUGCCGAAUCACAGCGUGCUGAAAGACUCAACAAGACUGAGCUUGGCCUUCAAGAAUUGUCCAGACUCUUGGAUCAAGGAAUCUCGGCGAAGGUCACAUCGCAGCGAGAGCCACGACUUCACGGUGACGACUCUGAUUUCGGGGAUGAAACAAAACUCACUGCCUACGAAGCGGCAGAGAAAGCAAAGAAAAAGAAAUCACUACGCUUCUAUACCUCACAGAUUGCACAAAAGGCAAACAAACGCGAUGCUGCUGGCAGGCAUGCUGGUGGAGAUACAGAUCUACCGUAUAAGGAGCGGAACAAGGACCGUCAAGCUCGCCUCAAUGAGGAGGCACAGAAGAGAGGACGGAUGGAAGCGAAUGAGAAUGAGCGUCUUGGGGACGAUAGUGACGAAGAGGACCACCGACUUGCCAGAGAAGUCCGUGGUGAUUUAGACGGAUCUAAUAGCGACGAUUAUUAUGAUAUGGUUUCCUCCCGUCAAAAGGAGAAGAAAGCAAACAAAAAGGCACUAUCAGAGGCAUACGCACUUGCUUCUAAGGAAGGUGGUCGUGUCGAGAUCCAGGAGGAAAUUGGCCCCGAUGGCAAACGUGCUAUUACCUAUGCUAUUGAGAAGAACAAGGGAUUGGCACCAAAGAGGAACAAGGACGUGCGAAACCCCAGGGUGAAGAAGAGAAAGAAGUUUGAGGCCAAGAAGAAGAAACUUGGAAGCAUGAGACAGGUCUAUAAGGGUGGUGAAGGCCGUGGUGGAUAUGGUGGAGAGCUGACUGGUAUCAAGAAGAAUUUGGUGAAGAGUGUAAAAUUAUAG